GGUUUUAAUAUUAGAUUUUUUAGGGAAUGGAGAUAUGGAGGCUCGACGCCGCGGAGCCAAUCGUCGAGCAGGUACUAGCGGCACAGCCAUGGGAGGCGCUUCAGCGGCGUAAGCUAUUCCUCCUCAAUCACGUCGAUGGCGAGAUCGAGGACGAGGACGGCGACUGCGCCAAUGGCUUCAUCCUCGCCGAUCCAAUACCCUCGCCCUACCUCGGAUCGCUGUACGUCGGCGCUUGCAGCGGCCGCAAGCACAAGCGCGAGAUCGAGGUCGCCGAUCGCCAGCCGGAGCACCAGAUUCACGCCAGCGAUGCGUGGUUCUGGUGUAAUCUCUGCAACAAGGAGGUUUCUUUGGAAUCCCUGGCGCUCGCGAGCUCCUCCGGGUGUUCUUGCCUCUUUUGCCGCGGCUGCCUGGAAUCGGUGGUGUCCAGCGCGAUCAAGGACGUUCUUCGCAGGAAUCCUCCCCAGGUUUUGGAUCCCGGCCCCAGCAGCAAGUCUCAAUCGAAAUGCCCCAAGCUGAUGAUCGAUCUCACGAAGGAUGACGACGAUGGCGACGACGAUUGUAGCAUCGUUGGCGAGGUAGCGUCUUCUUCUUCGUUUUCUUCUUUGUGGGACUAUCUCCCAUGUCCGUCACCAUUCUGCCGGGGGAAGUUCCGGCUUACAGACAUCCAGUCCGUCUCUCCGGAUUGUUUCGCCCAGUGGGAGGCAGCAGCGAGCGAUGCUCUCGUCAAGAACAGUGGCUCCUUCGUCAAGUGUCCGGGUUGCCAGGUCGUGAUCGAGAAAGUCGAGAGUGAUUUGCCUCCGGGGCUGGCUCUUUCCGGGGUGCCGGAGUUUGACAGAACGGUUCCUUUCACCGAGCUCGACGACGAUGGCAAUCGUCUCUCUCGCCGCGCCAUGGUGGACAAGGCCGUGAAUCGCUUCCGGUGCGUGGUUUGCAGCAUGGACUUUUGUGCUGCGUGCUUGCAACGCCCCUACCACCUGGGAAAGACUUGCGAGGAGUUCUCGCUCGAGAAGAAGGCUCUGCGGUGCAUCUACUGCCAUCAAGUGUGUCGGCACGAGAUCAAGUCGCUCGUCGGUGGGAAUGAUGUUGAGAGUUCUUCGGUGAAGGAUAUACGAAGUCGGCUUGAGCAGGAAGGGGUGGACAGUGGAUGGUGCGUGGAGAAAAGUGAUCUUGUCGCGGUGGAGAGGUUGUGCGAUCGUGUCUGCCAGGAAAUGGAGUGUAGGCAACGGUUGAAACAAGCUUGCACGCGCAACUUACACUGCGGACACCACUGCUGUGGAGUGAGAGGUGAACGAAAUUGCCUACCUUGUCUAGAGGAGGAAUGCCAGAAGCAGAAGCUCUCGGGAAAGGCAUUGGCGUCUGCUGAUGACUUUUGUGGCAUUUGCUUGGUGGAGGCGCUUCGUUCGGCCCCUUCAAUUCUGCUUCAGUGUGGCCACAUUGUGCACUUGCAUUGUGCCAAGCGACAAAUCCAGCAGGGAUGUCCUGGCCCUCAAAUCUCAUUCGGGUAUUUAAAGUGCCCCCAGUGCAAGCUUCUUAUGAAGCACAGUAAGCUGGACGCGGACAUGCACAAGCAUUUGACGACAAUGGGCCAGAUCAAAGCCAGAGCAAUCAAACGUUUGAAACUGGAAGGAGUUUAUGACAAGCUCAAGGCUAGUUGCAGCUCUGAUGACAAACUGACUUCCUUGGCCUUGGAGCAGUACCAGUAUUAUAUGUGCAGCAAGUGCAAGAACCCGUACUACGGUGGGAAGCGGAACUGCGGCCCAAACUUGGCGGAGGACCAAGGACGGCAAUACGAUCCCUCGGAGCUCGUUUGCGGUGGAUGCAGUGCUGGUGCCGAUGGCAAGUGCAAGCUUGGUCACGGUAACCAGUUCGUCGAGUUUAAGUGUCGGUUUUGCUGCUCCAUAGCGACGUUUUUCUGCUUUGGAACCAUCCACUUCUGUGACAGUUGUCACGGGAUCUGGCCUCAGCAGCACUCGAGCUCGUACGUGCUUCCUCAGUGCAAAGGGCCCCAACACUGUCCACUGGGAAUAGCUCACGCUCCAAACGGUAAGGAGCAUUGUUUGGGUUGUUCUAUGUGUAGAAGCCAAGAGCAGCUAUAGAGCAACAAGCCGUACAGAUUUUUCCAAAGGCGAAGUUCUGUUCUUUUGUCUCGUUUAUUUAUUUUGGAGUUUACGCACAGAGGACGAGUGCAACACUCGAGCGUUCCAUCAUCGUUGGUUGCGAGAGUAGCAAUUUCCACGGCUUCCCCGCUGCCAUACUUGCAACUCAGCUUGGUUUCCUCCAACGAGCAGCUGCUUCUUGGAUCUGAGGAAGCCAGCAGCAUCCCGGUGGUGUCGUUGUAAGACGUAGCAGUGCAACUAUCGAGAAAUCCACCGCAGGAGCCGGAGCCAGAGCCGUCGCUGGUCCUGCAACACACCAAGCUUCCAUCGUUGUUGCUGGCGUACGUCUCCAGGUCGACGGGGAAGGAAUCGUUGUUGGUGCAAGUGAAGAUCGCGUUUGGUGCUAGCGAGGAGGUCCGGAGCUGGCAAUCGGCGACUCCACCGCACUUUUCUAUGCUCAAGCUCGAGUUGUGCAUGGAGCCAUUAACCGCUCGGCAGCUGGCUUCUAGGACUUUGUUUGUGUAGGAGAGGGGUGUACAGCUCCUCAGGAAGCCUCCACAUUGAUCGCAGCUCUACAAAAGAAAAAAAAAAAAGUCAAGUGUUUUGGAGUCUA